AUGGCUGAGAUUCGCCGGAAGCUCGUCAUCGUCGGUGACGGUGCCUGCGGAAAGACCUGUUUGUUGAUUGUGUUCUCCAAGGGCACUUUCCCUGAGGUCUACGUCCCCACCGUCUUUGAGAACUACGUCGCCGACGUUGAGGUCGAUGGCAAGCACGUCGAGCUGGCCCUUUGGGAUACGGCUGGCCAGGAGGACUAUGAUCGGCUGCGCCCCCUGUCUUACCCCGACUCGCACGUCAUCCUGAUCUGCUUCGCUGUCGACUCCCCCGACUCUCUCGACAACGUGCAGGAGAAGUGGAUUUCCGAGGUUCUGCACUUCUGUCAGGGCCUUCCCGUCAUCCUGGUUGGCUGCAAGAAGGAUCUGCGCCACGACGCGAAGACAAUCGAAGAGCUGCGUAAGACGAGCCAGAAGCCUGUCUCUCCGGAAGAGGGUGAGGAGAUCCGCAAGAAGAUCGGUGCCUACAAGUACCUCGAGUGCUCGGCCAAGACCAACGAGGGUGUGCGCGAGGUGUUUGAGCACGCCACACGUGCUGCCCUGCUGUCGCGUACCAAGAAGCCCAAGGGCCGUGGGGGGAAAUGCCUAGUCCUGUAA